AUGCAUUUCGAACCAUUUGUGGUCACGUUUGUAACGGGUUUUCUCUUACAAAGAGCUACAGGGGAUGUUCCAACUUUCCGGAUUUUGGCACCGCCGUUUGUGUGUCCUAAAGACAAAAAUGCUAUUAUCGAUCACCCCGACAACACCGUCAUAACUUUACAGACAGAUGCAGUGUCAAACAUGAAAUUCACCUGGACUGUGCGUUGGGAACCGUUGGUCGCUCCCAUACAACGUUUUGUACUCGCCCUCUGGCGAACUGUGCACAAACUAGAGAAAAAACUCAAUAGUCUUCAAGCUGAGCCCGGUGUCUAUGUCAUUGAUAAUAGUGAAUUACUAAGCGGAGUAAACUACAUUUUCAACGUGACUGCCUCGUUCCCUGACUCCGACGAAGUUAUGGAUAAGUCUUUUAAUAUCGAUAACAUUCAGGGUAAUCAGAAAUUUCUCAUAGAAGGACGAUCAAACAUGUUUUCUGUAGUCCUGGUUGGUGGACAGAUGACUUAUACGGAUUUAGAUUACAUGCUGGAAGCUCAAAUCACAACAUGCUUUAAAACGCAAGAUUAUUAUUUCAUGUGGUCGGUUACGAGUGAAGACAGUAGUGUGGACAUAUCAGAUGUUAAAGGCUCGAGAUUGGAAAUCAAUGCAUACAGCUUGACGCCUGGCCUCGCCUACAACAUUCUAUGCAAGGUGUUUAAGCAUUCUAAUGGGGAAUUCAUUACCGAGACAACCCUUCCAUUUCGAGUUCUUCACCGCGAGGUAAACGUGAACUUCAACAUCGAUGUACUUGUAAUAUCUAUUGGCAAAGCGUUCACUAUACAAACCGAUCUUAAAAAUAUUGAUUAUUUACAAAAUGAGCUUGAAGUUGAUCUGAUACCAAAAGUAAUUAAUGAAGGAAACAUUGUUAAUCUAAAUGCUAACAUCAGUAAUGUGACUCCUGGCUGCAGUGUAAUUUGGUGUUUUAUGCACGAUGAAAGCAUUGUUCCAACGAAUACAUAUGAAUCGAAUAUUUGUACCGAAAAUGAGCACGGAAUUCCAAUUUCCGAUCCGAUAAACUUUUAUUCAUUUGAAGAGAACUUUUUAAGCGAGUUGACGGAUUACUCUAAUGAGACAAGAUGGAAGUCAGUAGAGGCAAAUUUACAAGCCGCUACAGGUACAUCACGCGUUGUUGUUAAAUGUGAAUGUAACGAGAUCGACAACUGUACCACUAAGGGUACUGUAUACGCUGAUGUUAAAUUGAUUGUCAACGAAAAACCAGAUGCCGGCCAUGUACUUAUUGCACCUGAAACUGGCACAGCUAUGGAGACAAUGUUCCGAAUUAGUACUCUCGCUGUGGUGAAUCUCAAUCGUCCGUUGCGAUAUACGUUUUAUUGCGACCUGGCAAUUAAUGAGUCCCUUACUUUAGGGACAUACCAGGAACAUUUAGCAAUUGAAACCCUGCUACCUUAUAAAGAUGGUGGAACUUCAAUAUGGGUAGAAGUAUGUGACUCGUUGCGAGCUUGUGCUUUUGGUCCACCGAGACUGAUCCAUCUGGCACCAGGUGAUGCUCGAACACUCGACGCAUUGAUAGAGGACUUGCAGGCGCUUGUGCUGCGCUGUGAAAUCGGAUUGCUAAAACGUUUGGUGUCAUCUGCUAUUAUUACUUAUAUUAAUGCAGACCAAACAGACGCAAAUGUGAAAUUUACGACAGCUCUUUUAAAAAACCUUCAAGACGUCGAUCAAAAUUGUACUGAACGGCAUAACGACCGGUAUAUUUCUUUAUUGUAUUGGCUGGCUAACGUUGGAAUAGAUACGACUGGUUUAGAGUAA